GAGGAGACUCCAUAAUAACGUUUAUUACUAAUCAUCAUUCUCGGGGCUGGUGCCCGUCCUGUCGUUGGGAUGGUUGGGGGAGGCGCGCACGCCCCCGAGCUUUGGACGCGCAGCGGCCGCCAGCGCCCGCCCCGGCUCCACCCUCUGGGCCCAGGCGGCGCAGCCUCCGGCCGCGCACCCUGGUCCUCCGGCCCCCCCGCCGCUCGAGCCCCGCGGCCUCCCUGAGCCCCGUGGCGCGCGGCAAGAUGGGCGGCGGCCACCGCCUCCUGCUGGAGAACGCGCGGCAGGUGGUGCUGGUGUGCGCCCGCGGCGAGCGCUUCCUGGCGCGGGACGCGCUGCGCAGUCUGGCCGUGCUGGAGGGCGCCAGCCUGGUGGUGGGCACGGAUGGGUUUAUAAAAGCCGUCGGUCCUGCUGAUGCUAUCCAAAAGCAGUUUUCUGAAGAAACGUUUGAAGAAAGAAUUGACUGUUCUGGGAAAUGCAUCUUGCCUGGUUUGGUGGAUGCACACUCACAUCCAGUAUGGGCUGGGGAAAGAGUUCACGAGUUUGCAAUGAAGUUGGCAGGAGCCACGUACAUGGAUAUUCACCAGGCUGGAGGAGGGAUAAACUUCACGGUAGAGCGCACGCGCCAAGCCUCGGAGGACGAGCUAUUCAGCUCCUUCCAGCAGCGGCUGCAGUGCAUGAUGAGGGCUGGGACCACGCUAGUGGAGUGCAAGAGCGGAUACGGCCUCGACCUGGAGACCGAGCUCAAGAUGCUGCGCGUGAUUGAGCGUGCCCGGCGGGAGCUGGACAUCGGCAUCUCGGCCACUUACUGCGGAGCUCACUCAGUGCCAAAAGGAAAAACCGCUAAGGAAGCUGCUGAUGACAUCGUCAAUAACCACAUCCCAAAGCUGAAGGAACUUGGCAGAAAUGGGGAAAUACACGUGGACAAUAUAGAUGUGUUCUGUGAGAAGGGCGUCUUUGAUCUCGAUUCCACCAGAAGGAUUCUUCAAAGUGGAAAAGAUACAGGGUUACAGAUUAACUUCCAUGGGGAUGAGCUCCACCCAAUGAAGGCUGCUGAGCUCGGGGCUGAACUGGGAGCCCAGGCGAUCAGUCACCUGGAAGAAGUGAGCGAUGAGGGCAUCGCUGCCAUGGCAACGGCCAGGUGUUCUGCUGUCCUCCUGCCCACCACGGCCUACAUGCUGAGACUGAAGCAACCUCGAGCCAGGAAGAUGUUAGAGGAAGGAGUCAUAGUUGCCCUGGGCAGCGAUUUCAACCCUAAUGCCUAUUGCUUUUCAAUGCCAAUGGUCAUGCACCUGGCCUGUGUAAACAUGAGAAUGUCCAUGCCUGAGGCCUUGGCUGCUGCCACCAUCAAUGCGGCUUAUGCACUGGGGAAAUCUCACUCACAUGGAUCUUUGGAAGUUGGCAAACAGGGAGAUCUCAUUAUCAUCAAUUCAUCCAGAUGGGAGCAUUUGAUUUACCAGUUUGGAGGCUACCACGAAUUAAUUGAAUAUGUUAUAGCUAAAGGAAAAGUCGUCUAUAAAAAAUGAUAGAUCUGAAAGGAAAGAGAAGACUCUUCGACUGUUUAAGUCAAUACGGUUAUAUUACAAGUUAAAGUACCUUAGUAACUUACAGAAUGAUGUCACUUAAGUAUAUUUCAAUGUUUUGUUAAUCCACUCGAAAAACUCAGGGAUUAAUUUAUUUUAAUUUGACAUGUCCACCUGGACAUGUAAAAAGGUAAACCAGUUGUGAUGAAAA